AUGAAACUAUCGUUCUCUUCUUUUGCAUUACUUUUGAUCACAUUACAAGCUAUCCAAAUCAUUCCCACAGCAAUCUCCACGACCAAACUCGUCCCUGCAGACAUCUCAAAAGUAAAAGCAUGGGUUGCUAAGAACAUCAAUGACUUUAAUGAUCGAAAAUCCAAUGACUCCAAAGGGAUUCCACGCAUUGUUUUGGAUGAGCUUUUGGCCUCUGCCGAGGACAGGCUGAGGUUGAUAAGGGUUGCGAAGGAUGGUUUCGCCGAUUUUACAACUAUUUCUGAUGCCCUGGAGACCAUUCAAAAGGACAACAAGCGAAGAAUAAUUAUUCAGAUUGGUGGGGGUGAGUAUUGGGAGAAAAUCACAAUUAAAUGCAAUAAGCCGUUUGUUACAUUUUAUGGGGAUCCGAUGGAUAUACCAAGAAUUGUGUUCAAUGGCACCGCUUCCCAGUAUGGAACGAUCUAUAGCGCAACCGUGGCCGUAGAGAGUGAUUACUUCAUGGCCGUCAAUGUGGCAUUUGUGAAUUCGGCCCCAAUGCCAAAUGUCAAUAGAACUGGUGGGCAGGCAGUGGCCAUGAGAAUAUCUGGAGAUAAAGCAGCGUUUCAUAACUGCAAGUUCAUUGGGUUUCAGGACACUUUAUGUGAUGAUAGAGGCCGGCAUUUCUUCAAGGACUGCUAUGUCCGUGGAACUGUUGACUUCAUUUUUGGAAACGGAAAAUCCCUCUACUUGAACACAACUAUUGCUUCUGUAGCGGAAGGUACUGGGGUGAUCACAGCUCAAGCGCGGGAACAUGUCACCGAAGACAGUGGAUUCACCUUCAUCCAUUGCAACUUAACUGGUUUCGGCAACGACACUUACCUCGGCCGUGCAUGGAAGCAGAGACCAAGAGUUGUCUUCGCUUACACUUACAUGGGCCAUCUGAUUAACGAUGAAGGAUGGUCCACCUGGAAGUUCCCUGAGCGUGAAGGGACUGUAUAUUAUGGAGAGUACAAGUGCGCUGGACCAGGCUCUAGCUCCUUCGGCCGAGUUUCAUAUGCGAAGUCAUUAUCUAAAGCAGAAGCAAAACCCUUCCUGAGCAUGACUUACAUCAAUGGAAACAAGUGGCUAAUUCCACCACCCAAGUUUCCUUGAUCAUUUAUUUACUCCCGCGCCAAACACAACCUCAGAUGAGAUCUUGUAUCCGUCCCUGUUUAUAAUUUUUCUUGUUGCAUUGACUGGAACCAG